AUGUUAACUAGACAAGCGAUAAUAAAUUCUAAUAAGCUAAUUGCUAGUAGAAGAUUUGCAAAUUUGCAAAAUGUUAGAAAAUUUACCAAUAAUCCCUCAAAUUUCCAACCAAGCUUGACUUUCUUCCAGAAAGAAAGACUCCCAGCUAAUACUAUAGUAAAGUUCGUUCCGCAACAAACAGCAUGGGUUGUGGAAAGAAUGGGUAAGUUUCAUCGUGUUUUGUCGCCAGGUAUUGCUUUUUUGAUUCCAGUUUUGGAUAAAAUUACUUAUGUUCAAUCGUUGAAAGAGUCGGCUAUUGAAAUUCCAUCACAAAAUGCCAUUACGGCUGAUAAUGUGUCAUUGGAGAUGGAUGGUAUUCUCUAUGUCAAGGUGAAUGAUCCUUAUAAGGCGUCUUAUGGAGUUGAAGAUUUUAAGUUUGCUAUAAGUCAAUUGGCUCAAACUACCAUGAGAUCUGAAAUUGGUUCGUUGACUUUGGAUUCGGUUUUGAAGGAAAGGCAGACGUUGAAUUUAAAUAUCAAUAAAGCCAUUAAUGAAGCAUCUAAAGAAUGGGGUGUUGAGUGUCUUAGAUACGAAAUCAGAGACAUCCAUCCGCCGCAAAAUGUCUUAGAAGCUAUGCACAGACAGGUCAGUGCCGAACGUUCGAAAAGAGCAGAGAUCUUGGAAUCUGAAGGUACCAGACAAUCUAGAAUUAAUAUCGCAGAGGGUGAAAAGCAAUCUGUCAUCUUAUCGUCAGAAGCUAAUAAGCAAGAAAAGAUUAACAUGGCUAGAGGUGAAGCCGAAUCAAUUUUAUUAAAGGCAGAGGCUACUGCUGAAGGUUUAAAGAAAGUCGCCGUAGCUAUUAGAGAAACUCCAGGUGGUGAACAAGCUGUUAGUUUACAAGUUGCUCAAGAAUAUGUUAAGCAAUUUGGUAACCUUGCCAAGGAAUCAAACACUGUUGUUAUUCCUUCUAACAUGGGUGACAUGGGUAACUGGAUGGCCAGUGGUUUAUCAAUUUACAACAGUUUGAAUAAACAAAUCGAUAAUGAAAAGAAAUAG